CUCUCAGCCAAUCAGAACACAGUACUGCUCUCAGCCAGUCAGAACCUACCGUACCCCUCUAACCCAGUCAGAAUGCUGUACGGCUCUCAGCCAGUCAGAACACACUGUACUACAUAUAAAUAUGUGAAGCUUGCCAGACAAUUUUCCAAAAUACCUGGCAGUAUAUCCUAGCAUUUUUAGCAUGCUAGUAUGGUAUUGGCAUGUAAGUCAUAUACGCAUUAGCGUCGGUGAGUCGAGAUUAACAGAUCAGAUGGAGCUCAUAAAGCACACACGCACACAGACACACACACACACACACACACACACACACACACACUUGAGGGACAUAGUGCAGAUGCCACGCUGCUUUUAGCUCAGCAGGUCAGGUUCAGUGACGUGGAAUAAACACACUACAGACGCUGUCAAUUUCUCUCAGCUUCAUGUUGCUAACGCUUCAGUCUAAAACGCACAACCCUAUAAAUAAUCUUUACAGCCUACAUGAGCUCAGCUGCAGGUCUUCACUGAAAUCGGGGUGGUGUAAUAAAAUUUCUCCGUCUCUUAGUUACGCUUCCACCUGUGCACCGGGGAGUGUAUUGAUGUUCCCAGGGAAGAAAAGAACCCUAUGCUGUCAGUCUCCUAACUUCUCAAGGCCAUACGUUUCCAUAUUCCUAACUUCCUAGCAUCCUAUGUGUGCAGGGCCGUAUAAUUCCAGACUCUCCAUCCCAACAAGUUCCUGUGUUCUGAGUUUUCGAAUGGCCCAAGUUCCUAUGGUCCUAUAUUCCUUAUAUUUUAUGUUUCCAAAAUCUAAUAUUUACCCUCUACUCCUAAUAUCCUAUAUUCCCAAGUUUCCGCGAUGCUUUGUACACAAGGACCGGUGUCCCUAGAGUCCUGUGAUUGGGCGGUGGUAGCUCAGUGGUUAAGAUGUAGGAAGGAUGGAAGGUCGUGAGUUCUAACCCCAGCACUGCCAAGCUGCUACUGUUGGGCCCUUGAGCAAGGCCCUUAACCCUCAACUGCUCAAUGUACAAACAAAAUAAUAAAGUCACUCUGGAUAAGGGCAUCUGCCAAAUGCUGUAGCUGUAAUUCCCAACGUGUUCCAAGAGAUUGUGUAUAGGACACUGGACAGAACACUGGACAGAACAUUCAACAGAGCACUGGAAGGAACAUUACUGAGUGCGCACUACAGUAGGAGAGACUCUAACAAAACAGCGUUGGACUUUUUCAUCUUCUUCAGGAAAACACCCACACCUUUCGUUUUUCAACCUGUUCUUUGAAGUAGCGUGAUUGAGGUGUGUGUGUGUGUGUGUGUGUGUGUGUGUCUGUGUGUGUGUGAGUCAGAUUGCAGAUGGUGUGAUUUGAGAGUGUGUUACGAUUUAGGACAGAUUACAGCACAGUCAACCUGAAAGCUCACACACACACACACACACACACACACACACACACACACACACACACACACACACACACACAUUCACUCAAAUCUGAGUUUAUCUGAACUGAAGCGAGCGUGUGGUGAAAUUCAGAACGGAGCAGACCGUUGAGCAGACACACGGGGGAGAAUGGAGUGUGAUGGAGAGGGGUUUUUAUGAGUUGAUGCUACAUUGAUUUAAAUUAAAUAUAGAGAGAGAUAGACAGAUAGACAGACAGACAGAUAGACAGACAGACAGAUAGACCUCAGAAUAGAUCACAUGUUCCUGUGGGGAAACUCUUAAGUGUUCCAGGUAGAACCCAGACAACACAGUGCGUUCCUAUCAGACAUGUUCCUGUCCUACACAGCGAAGAGCUCGUAAUUAUCCAGUGCACCCUUAAAGAACCCUUGAAGAACCCUUUGUUCUAGGAGUGUGUGUAUGAGCUGGGUAAGUGUGCGAUACAAACUCCAAAUUAUUGCUAAUUAUUUUCUUCUUGUCAGGAGUUCAGCUUCUUCAUCCUUGGUUCUUUAAGGGUUCUUUGGAUAAUUAAAGGCUCUUAGCUUCUACAUGGAACACAGUUAAUACCAUAGACUGUUAGAAUAAACUCCCAGAUGGGUUCUUUGGAUAAUUAAAGGUUCUUAGUUUCCAAAAAGGAACUGUUUCUGACAGGAAGAACAUAACUUUAUUGGAAAAAUAUAAGCGCGAGAUUGCUGGUUCAGUCUCAUUUCAGCCUUUAUACAUGCUUUUGUAUUUACCAAAUGAAUCUAAAUCUAAAGUCUGAACUAAAAACUCAAAUCAUUUCGGAGUUUAAAUGAUCGUUUGAUAAUUGCACGAUGGUAAAAAUGUGAGCGCUGUGAACACACAUCUCAUCAUUUACUCACACUGUUCCUUUAAUAAACAAACAAACAAACAAACAAACAAACAAACAAACAAACAAACAAACAAACCAACCACCCUCUGUCUCAUGAUGUCAAAUUAUUUCACACUUUAAAAUACACCACAUUAUUAUCCACAUCUCCCCGAGCAGAACACACGAUAUAUCCGGUUCACUUUGAUCUUCAGACACUUUGAGUUUAUUUAUCAUUUAUAUCAGAAUGAGAAAUCUGUAUUAAAGCGGGUUGAUUAAAAUCCUCAGCAGAUAUGAGGUGUGUCUGUGUGAAAUGAGAGCACGGCGGACGCGAGAGCUGAUGUUAGAAAUGAAAUGUUAAAUAAAUUGCGAUCAGAACAGCACUACUCUAAUUUAUAUACUAUUGAAGUUUCUCAGUUUCUCGGCUCGACUUGAGGCCCGGACGCGUUUUACAACGACUGAAGGAUGUAAAAACCUUUCGUUUUAUUUUAGAGAAUAAGUUCCUGUCCUGACAUCAUCCCUGGAUUUCUCUGUUAGAUCUUUAUAUUAAGUUUAACUGUGUUGCAGUCCUGAAACUCUCAGUACUGCAGUAUCUUUUUAAACGAUCGAAUAAAUCCCAGAUUCUCGCUGUCGUCUCGUCUCAUUUCCUCCAGACGUUAAAAAGCCAAGGUUUAUUCUGAACACACGGAGUUUAACGUUAGAUAUGGUGUGAAUUUCAGAACAGAGUUUCUCAAUGUGUCGCUUCUCAGCAGACGCCCAAGGCGUUGAGGUUACGGUGUGAAAAGUCAAACCACUUUUUCAAAACUUUCUCAUGUGACUGAGGCGCAAUAAAACGUUUAGUUUCUGCCACACGACGGGACGGGAAGCGCAGAGACGCCGAGACUUACGCUUAGACAAGCCCAGUCUGCAGUAAAGAGGACCAUGACACACACCCGGAGAGCUGCGCACCUGCUCUUUCUGAUCGUCUUCCUCACAGGGUGUGUGUGUGGAUUAAAUCUGAGCGUGUGGCAAACACCUCGAAAUAUAACUGCAGAGUCGGGAGAGCGAGUGACCCUCACCUGCCACUUCACACUCAGGACAUCAGAGGGAGGACGAUGGAAACUACAGUGGAGGAAAAAUAACAGCACAGUAGCUCCAAAUGAAAGUUAUAAUAUAUCUGUUAUAAACACUAACACUGUGACUGAAGUGAAUAAAUCUCACACACUGACGCUUCAUCCAGUGAGUGUGAGUGACAGCGGGGUUUAUUACUGUAAGGUGUGGCAGGAUGUUCCACGACUCCGAUCAGAAACUGUGGGUGGAGGAACAGAGCUAACAGUGUAUAAUAAAACAAACAAUUCGUCCAGCACCCCCUCCACCCUCUCCACCUCCACCCCCUCCACCCUCUCCACCUCCACCCCCUCCUCCACCCCCUCCUCCACCCCCGCUACUCAUCAGGAUGUAAAGUUAGUAAUAUGGAUGGCAUCAUUAGCUUUACUGCUGAUUAUUGCCUGCCUCACAUCUGCCAUGUGCUUUAUAUACAGAGGUCGCUGCGUGAGACCAAAACUAAAGACGGAUCGCCAGUCAGCGCAGGCGGAGGAUUUAGGCGUCGUGUACGCUGCAGUGAAAAUCCACAAACCUCGUGAGAAGAAACAGACGCAGGAGGCCAGUGAAGCGCAGGACGCAGGAUGUGAGGAAAGCCCAGAGGUUUUAUACUCAGACAUUCGCAUAAAAUCAUAAAAACAUUUCGUGAUGAUUUUAACAACGUAAUGUUUACAUAGUGUAUAUUUAUAUUCUGUUUAUUAAGUAUAAAAGCUGUUUAGAAAACAAUAAAUGAUCAAUAAGUUUAAACCUCAUCGUAAUAAACUGUCUGAAUUAUUGAAAAAAUUUUACUAAUAAAUUUAAUAGAAAUGUGUUUAUUUCCUCGGCUUUUUGUCACUGUACCCACUGUUUAUACAGUAAUGUAAAGUUUAUUUACUUUAUAAUAAAUCUGAAUAGAAAUAUGAUUUAUGGAAUUUGUUAUUGUUUCUGUAAAUACUUUAUUUCCAGUUAAUUUGUGUGAAUAAAUGAGUUUCACGAG